AUGGAAGUGGAAGGCGUAGUGCAGUAUCGACUGCUUGGCUCUCAUCCAGCGGCUUCUGGUCGUUAUCACAGCUUUGGAUUUAGCGGCGAGGCAGUGCCUUUGGAAACGCUGUUGCAGGCUGUUGUAAAGCAGCACCAGAUAAACCUCACAAAGUACAAAUUUGAGGUUCGUCGCCUUGUAACAGCUGGCGCAGAGCGUCAGGAUGCCCAGUCGGCAUCUAAAAAUGCCGCUAAUGACAUCUUGCCGUCAGAUGCUCUAUUACGCACAUACGACAGGAUUGUUGUGAAUGUAUUGCGGAGACAUUACAUGGAUGGGGUGACUCAUAACGAGCAAAUGACGGAAGAAAAUCGUCUACAGCAGGUGGAAUGUCUUUUACAAAACGAAGAGGCCGCGGAAGAAUCCCAGACACUCGGCCCUCGUAAUCAAAAACGUGAGCGCAGCAGCGAAGAUACCGAUGACCCACAUGCUUUUAUUCGUGUAACCACACUAUCAAACAAGGCGUUUCCUCUGCUUCCUUGGCUUCGGCGGCAGACAGCCAAUGAGAAGACACCAAUCCCGAAACCAGUUAAAGGGAUAUGUGUUCUCUGUGAGCUCAAUUGCUUCGCAGAGGUGGUAAUUCCAUGCUGCCACUUCUCGGCUUGCAGGCAAUGCUUAGAACUCGCAAAGGCAAUGCUUACAAAUGAGAAUGAGUGUGCUGUCUGCGGUACUUUGAUCGCUAAGCCAAACGCGUACAAAAAAGGACAAUUUGCCACAACUACACCUGUCAAGCAGGAAGGAACGUCUACAAAAACAGUCAACACUGCCGUGCUUGGGGAGCAAAUGGAAAUUCAUGGUGCCUACCGAGAGAAAGCCAAUAGAAAAAUUGGCGAAGGCAGCACCCAGGGACGUUUCCACGACAUUGUCGAAACGUUCGAGAAGGAAUUAAAGAAAAACAUGGCACGUGUGCUUUCUUUAAUUGACGUCCCUGAUCCUCUUAGUUCAAAGGCAAAAGAAAAACGGAAGAUCAGCAAAACACUUUCUGUUUUUGAUGAGAAGUGA